AUGGCGACAAACAUUGACACCCCGUGGCCAAUCCACGACAUUGUCUACACCGCUAUUGUCGGAUUGGUCAUGGUCGCAGCCUGUCUAGAAUGGUUCUUAUGGAUUGCGGCUUUCCUAUAUUGCUUAUGGAAAGUGUUCCGGAAAGCUGAGCAUUGGACGGUCAAUGUCCUGGCUAUUAUUGUUGGACUAGCGUUUACAUUAUUACGGUUUAUCUUUUUGCCCAUUAUGAUCGUGACGCUUCCUCUACCUUCCGCCGUUGUGCGAAUGUGGCCUGCCGGUAUGGUCUCUGUUUUACAGUGGUUUGCAUUCUGGAGCUUUGCAGGCCUCUUGACUGUUCCAUGGCUAUUCUGCAUCUACCAGAUCGUCACACACCAAUUGGGACGAACAAAGAGAAUCAAACAAGUCCUGGACGAAAUAUCGGCACCAAAGGUCGUUGUUGUCAUGCCGUGCUACCGGGAAGAACCUGAAGUCCUCAUAACAGCAAUCAACUCUGUUGUUGAGUGCGAUUAUCCUCCAUCCUGUAUCCACGUCUUCUUAUCAUUCGACGGUGACCAGGAAGAUGAGCUUUAUCUCAACACGAUCGAAAAACUAGGGGUGCCACUGACCCUUGAUUCAUACCCGAAAAGCAUUGACGUGACCUACCACUCGGCACGCGUCACCGUUUCCCGUUUCCCGCACGGUGGGAAGAGGCAUUGCCAGAAGUCAACAUUUAAACUCAUCGACCGCGUCUAUCAGCAAUACUUGAAGCGGAACGACAACUUGUUCAUACUUUUCAUCGACUCUGAUUGCAUCCUUGACCGCGUAUGUCUUCAAAAUUUCGUCUACGACAUGGAACUGAGCCCUGGCAACCGACGCGACAUGCUAGCCAUGACAGGUGUCAUCACAUCCACGACUCAACGUCACAGCUUGAUUACGCUUUUGCAAGAUAUGGAGUACGUGCACGGCCAGCUGUUUGAGCGGACAGUUGAGUCUGGCUGUGGUGCUGUCACUUGUCUUCCAGGCGCACUUACGAUGCUGCGCUUCUCUGCAUUCCGACGUAUGGCCAAAUAUUACUUUGCCGAUAAAGCUGAGCAGUGUGAGGACCUGUUCGACUUUGCCAAGUGUCAUCUUGGCGAGGACCGUUGGCUCACACAUCUGUUCAUGAUCGGUGCCAAGAAGCGGUAUCAGAUCCAGAUGUGCACGUCUGCUUUCUGCAAAACGGAGGCCGUCCAGACGGUCAAGUCACUUAUCAAGCAGCGCCGCCGCUGGUUUCUAGGUUUCAUCACCAAUGAGGUGUGCAUGUUGACGGACUGGCGUCUCUGGAAGCGAUAUCCUAUUCUGAUCCUAGUUCGCUUCAUGCAAAAUACAAUCCGAACAACUGCCUUACUCUUCUUUAUCAUGGUGUUGGCACUCAUGACAACAUCGAAGAAGAUAGCCGAUCUGCCGGUGGGGUUUAUUGGCGUGUCCUUGGGUCUAAACUGGGUCUUGAUGAUCUAUUUUGGCUUCAAGCUCCGUCGGUUCAAAAUCAUGCUUUACCCGCUCAUGUUCAUUCUCAACCCGUUUUUCAACUGGUAUUACAUGGUAUAUGGUAUCUUCACGGCCGGCCAGCGAACAUGGGGCGGCCCUCGGGCUGAUGCAGCCGCCGCCGACGGGGAGAAGACGACAGUGCAAGAGGCGAUUGAGAAGGCUGAGGAGCAGGGCGACGAUCUCAAUAUUGUCCCGGAGACGUUUCUUCCUGCUGCUGAGGUUCAACGCCAAAAGAGUGGUAAGCGAUUGGCUGUUGCAGACGGAAAAUCCAUAUCGGGUCCCGGUGGGCGCUUGGUCGUCACUUCAGGUGCCAAAGGACUGGACGCGGCUGCCAUUGCUUCCAUUGGUGAUACAGGUGUCUCUCGGGCGACAGCAAAUACUUCGCAGUUUGGCAGACCCGAUACAGUCGGCGAGGGUAGCUAUUUCGAGAGAAAGAACGCACCCCAAAGCGGUUUUCCCUUGUCGCAGGAUCAGCAUGGCAACGCAAACGACGAAAAUACCGUUAGCCGGUCCAAGAGUGGCCGAGUCAUGUUGCAGCCACCGGACAAGAUCGAUGGCAUGUUCUCUGCACCGGAGCGGUCGUCAACCGGCUGGUAUCAUUAUCCGGACGACUCGCUGAUCAGUCUAAAUCUUCUCGGCCAGUCGUCGCCAUCACUUCUCAACAACAAUGGCAACUACCUUGGCAACAGAGGGCGGAACAGCCCGUACAUCACGCUACACCCCCGGGACUCGUUUGAGAGUUUCUUAUCAAACAACACAAUUCCGGGAGGCAGUGGCGGUGGACACAAUAACUCCGUCUACAUGCCACGCCGAGUGGAAAGUAUCAUGAGCGAUGAAGACCGUCGAAAAUAUGAAAUGGCCCAAGCGAGCCAGCUGAGCUUCCCGGGCACGACUGUCACGGGUACAACGACCGUGGCAGGCCAUCAUCUUCUUGGUAUGCCGUCACCAGGCCAGGUGUACGAGUACCGUUCAGACGCAGAAAUGCAACAGGCCGGUUUCUACACGGACGCCGAGGUGGCUGCGAACACGGGCGACGGGCAAGGCCACAGAGAGGUCAAUAGCCACCAUUUGGCGCCUCGACGCCCCGACCACAGAAGGCUAGCCAGCAAUGACAGCAUUGGCUCACGGCACUCUGCCUCGCGCUCAGUUUCCGCUGCAUCCUCACCGGACCUUCAGCCACAACCUACCAUGUCAGCUAUGCCUCCGCACUCUCCCUUGGGCGGGGGCGGUUCGCUUACACAGGUAGGCUCGACCGUCCGUCCUAGCCCGCUCGGACGCCUCAGCUAUAUAGCAAGGUCUCCAAGCAGCGAGGAGGAGAGAGACGCAGACGACCAGAGCGCUGAAGACAAGGGAGCAGACGACGCCAAGCUACAAGCGAAUCUAUAG